AUGGAGAAAUCGAAAAACUUCAGAAUUGACGCGCUGCUUGCAGAUGAGAGCAGUCGGGUCAACCGGGACCUGUCCCCGGGUCUGAGCAGCGAGAGCCCCGCGGGGAGCCCCGUCUCCUGUCGGCGUGCGGACACACCGUCUCCUCGGGCCGCACAACUUCAGACCGGAAUCAUAUCCAAGCCUGGUAUCCUAAAUCUGUCACAUCCAGGACUCGCUUCCCUCCCUCAAGGGGCAAUCCCCGGCAUGUAUCCUGCACCCAUGUAUCCGUUGUCGGCUCUGGGCGGCCAGCACCCCGCCUUCGCCUACACCGGGUUCACACAGCUGACCCAGACCUACCCGGAGCACCUGAAGGCGGCGGCCAUGGCGGGGUCUCUGCCCCUGGAGCACUGGAUCCGAGCUGGAAUCAUGAUGCCAAGACUGCCAGAUUACAGCUCGGGCCCUCAGUCUGGUCUGCUGGGGAAGUGCCGGAGGCCCCGGACAGCCUUCACCAGCCAGCAGCUCCUGGAACUGGAGAACCAGUUCAAGCUCAACAAGUACCUGUCCAGACCCAAACGCUUCGAGGUGGCCACGUCACUCAUGCUCACUGAGACACAGGUCAAAAUCUGGUUCCAGAACCGGAGGAUGAAGUGGAAGCGCAGUCGUAAAGCGAAGGAGCAGGCCACCGCCUCGGCCCAGUCUGAUGGAGACCGAGGACGCAGCGGCGGCAAAACGACCUCCGACAAACCUGACGACAGCAGACGAUCAGUGAACGCAGACGACAGGGGGAUAGAUCUGGACUUAGAGGAUGGAGAGGAGGAGGAAGAAGAGGAGGAGGAGGAGGAGGAAGAGGAGGAGAACCAGCAUGAUUUCCCUCUUGCUAUGGGCAACGGGAUGCCACGAUCCAUGGACUUCUUGCAGCCGAGCACCAAUGUCGGGUACAAUCCCCACAGCCCCUUUUCCGAUGAUGAGCUGGAGGGGGUGCAGGUGGGGGGAGGUGACAGGAAGAUCGGGGCAGGGCUGUGA